UCCUACCUUUGACAAUGCUGAAUGUCUCAGACAAGCGUUGGUCCAAAAAACUCUGGGGCAAUCUAACAAUAAGUGUAAGUCGAGUUUUUGUGCGCACGGGCACGCAUUUUGAUUGUGCCUAGGCACAAUUCAACAACAGCCCUUUUGCUUGUUUUUUUUUGUGCAUUCGGGGUAUCACAAAAUAUCCAUGAACUGAUUAUUCCAGUAGCGCCCGUUUGGAGAUCACGAUUCACUGGGUACUGAAUUUUUCAGUUCAUAACCACCUGUUGCUCCUUAUCACUUACAGCAUCGAAUGGCAUCGGAUUCGGACGUCCAGGUGACGUACGCAGUGGGAGAUUACAAUGUAGAAGGAUCACAGAACACUCCUGCUCGGCUGCGCGUAUCGCGAGCCGUAUAUGAUCAGCCCAAUUUCGACACUACAUAUGGACUUUGUGCACCGGGUCCACCUCUGACGCCCUGGGAUGAUAUCAAGCGUAUCGCCCGCAAGAAAUGGCGACGGAAGAAAGCUACUUCGGGACGGUGCGAUAGAGUGUGCAUGUACAAUGUAAUGGUGAAGUGGUUCCCGAUAAUCGACUGGCUUGGCAAAUAUAAGUGGCGGGAAUACUUGGUUACCGAUGUUAUCGCUGGUUUGACCGUUGGAGUGCUAAAUGUUCCACAAGGAAUGGCGUACGCUCUCCUUGCACACUGCCCUCCGGUGACGGGAUUGUAUACGUCGUUUUUCCCGAUUAUAGUUUAUCUUCUGAUGGGGACCUCUCGGCAGUGUUCUAUGGGCACUUUUUCCAUUAUCAGCAUGAUGACCAGUAAAAGUGUGAAUGAGUUUGCUCCAGAGUUGAUGAAAGUGUAUAAUGAAACUGGAUUCAAUGACACAUCCAGCUUGAAAUUCCACAAUGACCAGUUUAGCCAAAUUCAAGUUGCCUCGACCCUUGCCUUGAUUGCUGGUGUCUGGCAGUUAUUAUUUGGAUUACUGGGAUUUGGCGGAUUAUGUGUGUAUCUAUCUGACCAGCUUGUUCAAGGAUUUACAUGUGGUGCAGCAUUCCAUGUGUUUACCUCGCAGCUAAAGAAUGUAUUUGCAAUACCGGGACUGGAAGAACAGUAUGGAAUCUUCAAAAUUGGCAAAACUUACAAGGAAUUUUUCCAAAGGAUCGGUGGUACGCACCCUGCAACGGUUAUAGUUGCACUGCUGUGUAUGGUAGUGCUUGUUGUUAUCAAAAUUGGUAUCAACGACAAUCGGAGACUCAUGAAAAAACUCCGUGGAAUACCUAUCCCGGCCGAACUGCUUAUCGUCAUCGGUUCCACUGUGGCUUCUUACUUAAUGAAUUUGGGCGGCACUUACAACGUUGAGACAGUUAAAGUGAUCCCCCAAGGCCUGCCCCCCUUUACGUCGCCCGAUUUCAGUUUGGUGUGGAAACUACUCCCGGACUCGAUAUCGAAUGCUAUUGUGGGGUUAGCGAUAACUGUUACGCUGGGAAUGUUGUUCGCCUCCAAACAUGGGUACACCAUUGAUCCCAACCAAGAAUUUAAGGCGCAGGGCAUCGGUAAUAUAUUUAGCUGCUGGUUCCGGUGCUUUCCGCAAGGCGCUUCCGUUGCGCGCAGUGCCGUGCAAAAUGAUGUCGGCGGGAAGACUCAAAUCGUCAGUGUUGUCCAGUGCAUCAUUGUUUUGAUCGUGAUGCUCUUUUUGGGGAGAUAUUUGCAGCCGUUGCCUAAACCGGCACUUGGAGCGAUUGUCAUGGUGUCUGUAUUUCAUUUGUUGGCUCAAGUUGUGCAGUUGCGCAGAUUAUGGAAGCUUUCACUUGUUGACUGGUCCAUCUUCCUUGUGGUGUUUUUGGGUGUUCUGAUUUUGGAUGUGGAUGUGGGCCUGGGGAUCGGUGUGGGCUGGGCGAUUAUGACUAUUAUGUUACGACUACAGAAACCAAAAGUCGGUCCUCUUGGACGUCUUCCUGGUACCGAUAUAUACCGCCGUACUGACGUUUACAGAACCGCUACAGAAGUUCCAGGUGUAAAAAUCGUUCGAGUCGAUGCACCAAUAUAUUUCGCCAAUGUGGCGUACAUUAAGCAGCGUUUGUAUGCUUUGGCCGACAUUCAGAACCUUAUUCAGAAGCACCAGGAAGACCAUCCAAAAGCGCCGGAUGGAGUUCCUGGAAUUCCGGACGACGCUACGAAUUAUGCCUAUUCAUUGCAUUUACAACUUGGCGAAGAUAGAAAUGCUAGGGAAGAAGCACUGGAAUUCGGUAGCAGAUUUGGCGGAUCAACCAUCAGUAUGGAAGAAUUGUUUACAAGUUCCAAAGGACUGGUGGUCCGGACUCAGUCGAAUGAUCGCGAAGACGACGAGGAGAAUCUUCCAGUGAGACACCUGAUAAUUGAUUGUUCGGAGAUCUGCUUUAUCGAUGUGACAGGGGUCGGUUUCUUAAAAGUCUGCAAAGCCGAAUGUGAGAGUGUGGGAGUGGAGCUACUACUAGCCUGUACAAACAAACCUGUACGGGACAUACUGGCCCUUUGCGGCGCAAUGGAGCAUAUCAAAGAUUACCAACUGUUCGUCACUGUGCACGAUGCCGUCCUCUACGCUGUGAACGCGCAAAAGUUUAAGAAUGCCCUGGCCGAUCGCGAUCGGAAGACAAAUCCGACAGUUGAUGAAGAAAACGGAAUAAUGAACCAGGGUUUUGGUGGGCGCCGCCUGGACAAUCUGGUCGAGGAAGACGAGGAGACCGCUUCUGUAAAGUUUGGCAAAUCAGAUAGCAGCGAUGACAUUCUUCGCAGUCCAUAAUGACGUACGAAGUACUGGCUUCUACGACUCCACUAAAAUUAAUGAAGCUGAAAAAAAGAAUGUAAACUACUGCAUUGUUGUUAAUGGCGUGGGUAACUGUUCACCCAUACGGACAUAACCAUGACGGCAGCGUCAUUGUGCUUUAAAAUAUUGAACAGUCUGUGUGGUCCAGUUGUCAGUGUACUUAUGGCUUUCGUUGAUUUGAAUUUUAACUGAUCUGAAAAGAUUAUUUGGUAUUAGUGUACUGUAUAAGUUUACCGAUGCUGAAGCCAGCAGAUAGAAUAAUGGUGUGGCUCUUGCAAUGGUAUCAGGUACAUACCGGUAUGCACCAAAAAUGAAGUACGGCACUAUAAAUUCACACUACAAAGCGUUAUGUUAAGCGAAUCUGUGAAUAAAAUCCGUACUGCA